CGUGCACCAACGUCCUUGCACAGCCUACAGAUUGUGUAUGUGUGUGGGGAGCACCAGUAAACAGAGCAGUGCUGCUAAAGAUAAACUCCAAAUAGCUCUAGCCUUGUGAGUGAGAGGGGCUCUUUUGGAUUUGAAUUGAAGUCCUCCUGGAUUGGAUUAUAUGUUUUUCCCCCGUUGUGAACCCCAAUUUAAGAGGAUACCUGUUACUUUCCCUUUUUUUGGUUGAUUAUAGAGAACAUCACCCAGGUGUGAGGAGGGCACAGAAUAAGACAAGCUGCAGAUGAGUGAGGGAGGCUGGGCCCAGGAGGAAAGGGGAACAUUGGCUAUCUCCUACAGAAAAAGGGACCAUAGCCCUGGAUUAAUGCGUAUACAGGCUCGGCAAGGGAGCAGAGGAUUCUGGGUUACCUGAAGACCUGGAGUACACGAGUGAAAAGGCCUGUAUUGAGCCUGUGGCACAGAGGAUUGGCAUGGCUCAGACCAGCUUUGGGUCAACUCAUCAUGCCUGUUGGGCUUGAUUGCAGAAAGGAGCCUGUGCUGAAGCUCACUCCUUCCAACACCCGGAGCAUUUUACUACACUCAAAAAAUCUCCUUUGCAGUUAUGGCUGUUGAGCUCAACACCCAUUAGGAUUUUUAAUAUUACCUGAGAGCGCAUGUUUUAUCUGUAAGAGGAGAUGCUUUUUCUACAGGCUUAUCUGCCAUGGUAAAGGCAUUGAAAGUAUGAGCCUCUGACUACACAGAGGAGGUCUUCGUCCAAACAAGGAUCAGCUCAGCAAACACUGACCUGGUCAGGAUAUCACCAGAAACCCCUUUGGACAAACAUUUCCUUUCAGAUAGGAUAAGAGCAAAUUCAAGAGGAAAGCCUGAUUGGAUUUUUGUUGGCUGGAAAGGAUUUACCCCAUCGUAUAAAUCAGGGGCCCUUGAGUGAUUAGACUGCCAGGCAACACAGCUUCAAGAUGGUGCCUCAAUGCAAGGCCUUUAUCCUCUUCAUCAUCAGGGUCGGGCUGCUGCUGGGUCUUGCUAACCCCCUGGUGACCUCCACCUCGUGUCCCUCAGCCUGCCGCUGCGAUGGGACCUUCGUCUACUGCAAUGACCGUGGCCUGACUUCCAUCCCAACUGGUAUGCCCAAGGAUGCUACAGUGCUCUUCCUCCAAAACAAUCGCAUCAAGAGUUCGGGCAUUCCUGCAGAGCUCCGCACGCUGACAAAUGUGGAGAAGAUUUACCUUUACGGCAACAAUCUGGAUGAAUUCCCCACUAACCUUCCUCUUGGGUUAAAAGAGCUCCACCUUCAGGAGAAUAAUGUUCGGAUGAUUACCCAUUCCACUUUAGCUCAAAUUCCCUACAUUGAGGAACUACACCUGGAUGAUAACUCGGUAUCUGCAGUCAGCAUUGAGGACGGGGCCUUCAGGGACAGUAGUUACCUCAGACUGCUUUUUCUCUCAAGAAACCACCUGAGCACCAUCCCUUCAGGCCUACCCAUGAGCAUUGAGGAGCUGCGCUUUGAUGACAACCGCAUCUCCUCCAUCUCAGAGCAGUCGUUGCAAGAUCUCAUCAACCUAAAGCGACUAAUCCUGGAUGGUAACUUGCUCAACAACCGUGGGAUUGGGGAGAUGGCUCUGAUCAACCUGGUCAAUCUGACCGAGCUCUCGCUAAUGAGGAACUCCUUGACAUCGCCCCCAGCCAACUUGCCAGGCAACAGUUUGGAGAAGCUGCAGCUACAAGAUAAUCACAUUAAUCGGGUCCCGCCUGGGGCUUUUGCCUUCCUUAGGCAGUUGUAUCGCCUGGACCUGUCUGGCAACAACCUGAGCAGCCUCCCACAUGGUGUGUUUGAAGAUCUGGACAAUCUCACACAGCUCCUGCUACGCAACAAUCCCUGGCAAUGCACUUGCAGGAUGAAAUGGGUGCGUGACUGGCUGCGAUCGUUGCCAUCUAAGGUGAAUGUACGUGGCUUUAUGUGCCAGGGUCCAGAUAAGGUCAAAGGCAUGGCAAUUAAAGACCUAACUACAGAACAGUUUGACUGCUCCGAUUCAGAAAUCAUUCACACCUACGAGACAAGCACAGUCUCCAACACUCUACGCCCCACACAGCCUCAGUGGCCCUCGUUUGUGACUAAAAGGCCUGUAGUAAAAAGGCCCGACUUUGGUAAGAAUUACCACAGCACUACCACUUCUUCGGGCAGAAAGAUCAUCACCAUCAGUGUGAAGUCAAGUAGUGCAGACGCAAUACACAUAUCAUGGAGAGUGUCCCAGCCCAUGACCGCCCUACGGCUCAGCUGGCUGAAGCUGGGACACAGUCCUGCCUUUGGCUCCAUCACUGAGACCAUUGUGCAGGGGGAGAGGAAGGAGUACCUGCUCACGGCACUGGAGCCAGAGUCUUCCUAUAGGAUAUGUAUGGUUCCCAUGGAGACCAGCAACAUUUACCUGUCAGAUGAGACGCCAGUUUGCAUCGAGACAGAGACUGGUUCUCACAAAUCAUACAACCCGACUACAACUUUAAACAGAGAGCAGGAGAAAGAGCCGUACAAAAAUUCCAGUCUGCCUUUGGCUGCUAUCAUUGGAGGGGCUGUGGCUCUUUUGGCAAUAAUCAUGUUGGCACUGGUGUGUUGGUAUGUCCACAGGAACGGUUCGCUUUUUUCCAGGAAUUGCACCUACAACAAAGGCCGAAGGAGAAAGGAUGACUAUGCUGAGGCUGGCACUAAGAAGGACAACUCCAUCCUUGAAAUACGAGAGACUUCUUUUCAAAUGAUACCUAUAAAUCACCUUCCGGUGUCCAAGGAGGAGUUUGUGAUACACACGAUUUUCCCGCCUAAUGGCCUGACAUUAUACAAAAGCCCACAUAACGAGAACAGUAUUAACAACAGGAGCUACAGAGACAGUGGAAUACCAGAUUCAGACCAUUCCCAUUCAUGAUAUUGCGCAUGGCCAUUCAUGAUGAGUGCGUGACAUAAACAGAGUGGCAAGACUUUUACAAAACACUGGAUCUAUAAGACUAAGGAAGCAAUGUUCUGUACAUUUGCCAUAUAAUUUAUAUUUAAGGACAUUUUAUGAGGACGAAGAAAGUUCCAGUUGCAGGCAAUCACUGAACCAUCAGUGGGUAUUGUAACUAACUGCAAUUCUAUAUUUUAGGAAUUUGUAGUAAUUUGUACUGUAUUUCCUUUGCUUAAGGUUAUUGACCAACUAAAAGAAACUCUGUGUUCUACUGAGAUAUGAUGACUUGUCAACUGUGAAAGUGGGUUUUCAUUGCCGUGUUGAACAAUCAGACCUUAGAAAACCUUGUAGUAUAAGCACAGGUCAUUCUUUUAACUUUGUGGCUGUCUGAAAAACAAAAAGGCAAAAAAAUGACAUAAAGUAAACUAAGGCACAGCUGAUCAACUAGUUUGCAAAGCAGGCAUGUUGCCCUCGAAAAGAAUGAGCAGUCAGUAGCUGUCUCCAUAUAAUAAGGACCAAGAGUCCUGCUCUAGUAUUCACCUGGUAUGGAUAACAAAUAACUAAAGAUGAGGUGCCAUGCUUUAUUUCUCUGCUUUGUUCAGUGUGUGAUUUUUCUUUCUGUUUAGCAAGAAGAGGAAACACAGCAAAGCAACCCAAGCAGGGUCCAGUGUUUGAUAGGAUUGUAGACCACAGCACAGGUCAGAAAAAGCACACAGACCUUAAGGAGCUCUCUGCUUCUCAAAACAAGUAGACUGGACAGGCUGAAACAGAGGACCCCCCACCAUCUCUAUUUGUACAAGCCAACAAUGGCCAAACGACAAUGGCGGCAUUCUUUAGUACCAUGUACCCUACGUCAUUCUAGUCACCAGGCCGAAAAGAGAAAACAUGUUCGAUUUCAUUAGAAUUACAACCGUGUCAGCAACUCCUUGUUAUGAGUAUUAUUUUGUAUUGUUUUCCAAAUGAACACACUAUUAUGUUACCACAAUUUGAAGUUAACUGUUCUUAACAAUUGAAAACCAAAGUGCAUUGUAUGCCCUUUGGCCAGUCUUGUAUGUGCCUUGAUCCAAUGCUUAUUGUAUUUAGCUUUUUAAGAAACCAGUGACUUUUUUUCAUACACACUUGAAUAUGAAAAGAUAUUGGUCAUAUUACAGAAUAAAAGUGGACAAAAAUAACCUUGGUCUUCCUUAU